ACGUACUGCAUCGAACCAAAUCAGAAUUAAUUUUUCGUUAUAUCGUGUGCAGACCCCACGUCAAGAUGGACGAAAAUCCCACAGUAUCUAUCGUUUCUCGACGAACACCUCUUCAUCAUGUCGAAUCCACAACCCACCAUAAUGCCUCGGCGAGGGCUACCAGGGUAUCCUGCUGCACCACUGCCCGGAAUCACCACCUUCCCAAUCAUCAAUCCAGACGGCAAAGCCUACGAUGAUUUCCUUGACUAUUUUCGGCAACAAAUGCCCCCCAAUCGAAAAAAAGUUGUCUGGGAUGACUUCCAAAACAGUUAUUGGCCAGAAGUUAGACCCGAGGGAUCCGUUCAGCUGUUCGAUAAUAUGCUCACACAUCCUGAUGGUCACAUUAUCAGUGCCGAAACUGAUCCUGUUCCCUUCCAAAUUGUUGCAGGUCUCGAACAGGCACUCAAAGCUAUGGACCCUGCAGAUACCAACAACUUAGUUGCACGUCAAAUCAAGGAAAUCCUGUCCUACUGGUAUGGAGCCAACUCAAUGAAGGCCCUUGAUCGUUUCCUGGAUGCUAGACAGUCUUUUCUCCGCCAGUGGCCAGAGGGUGACGGAAGAAACCUCUUAGAUCCUUCAGUCAACGUUGACGAAGAAAGAGAUCUCUACCUCGAAUGGUAUUUCCGAAGACUUUUCACCAGAGUCCUACACCUUCCAGGCUUGUUAACCUUCCGUCAGGAUCCAGACAACCCUACCAAUAUGACCAGAGUCAACGAUCUGGUAUCAGUAUUUUUGUCGAGCAAAUUACUUUUAGAGCUUGAACAUGAGAAAGUUGAAUCUCUAGAAUGGGUUGAGAGCGGAGAGGAAUUUGAUUGGGACCAGACUGAUCCUCGACACAAUUACAUGAUGUGGAUCUAUUUGUCUAGAGAGAUUAUCGACACAGCCCUGAAAAACGCAUUCGAUGCCACCAAAGUACCAUUAGGACCCGUGAUUGCCAUGGCUGCUGCUGCAGCAGAAAGGGGAGAGCCUUUUGACGAAGAAACCAUCGUUGACAACAAUGUAAAGUUUGCUGGGCUUCCAAUGCUGGAAAAAAUUGGUCAGACUAUGAAUACCGCGCUCGACGAAAAUCCUUUUGAACGCCUCCUUCUCCAGCUCCUCGACAAGGAAAACACAUUCGAAAGUUCUCUGAGUGUUGAGCACGUGGAAGAUAAACUUAUCACAAAGCAGAUCUCAGUCAUAGACGAGGAAAACGUUGCUCGCGGUCCAUUUAGCAUGGAUCGCGCCGAAGCGAUUCGUGAAAAAAUUGAACCGUCAAUCUUGAAAAUGAUGCAAGAUAUUUCGUCUAUCAAUCGUCAAAGAAGGAAUCAUCGACUUUUCCGAGAUUGGCAUAUGGGCCAUAGGCCUUGGAUAAAAUUGUUCCAGAUUUAUGACAGUAAUCUCGCUGGGUUUACUUGGUUGGCUGGACCUAUUCGAACAUUUACCAACCAUACGAAUAUCUCUCUUAUCGACGAUGAUCCAAUCGAUGGAAACUGGCAUCACCCGUCAUCCUAUAAGAACCUUGCGUUCCAGCUCUUCGAUGUUGUCCCUGUGGAUUUGGCAUCCGAGAAGAAUAUUGACUACCUUCAAGAAUGCAAGAUAUGCAAACUAGCGAUGGUUGCAGAAGGCUCGAAACCCAAACGAUUCAAGCCUACACACCCAAAAAGCAGAUUUGCUAAAUUCUAUAACGAAAAUUCUCCUCUGGCUCACACAGUCAUGAGACUUCUCUGUGGCCAUCAUUUUCACGUAACCUGCAUCAUUGGAUAUUGGGACCUAGCAUUCCAGUACACUCACACUUGCCCAGAAUGCCAGAUGACCGCUCCCCUGAACUGGGAGAUUGUUGCACUACCUCCUCUCGAUUAUGCACCACCAACUCCCGACAAUCCUCACCCAGGCAAUACAUUUGCACACAACACGUACGCUCACCAUCGAGCUACACUCAUGUUCGGGGCUCUCGAACAAACCAUGACUAGCAAGAAGCUAUAUGAUCUCCCAACCCAGAGAGAUUUCACCAACGUGACCGGCCCCAAGGGCAGUCGUCCAAGGCCAGGAACACGCGAAGAAAAAUUUAAAGCGGGACUGGAUCGUAUCGCUGCAGAGUAUUGGGUAAGAGAGAAUAUGUGUAAUUUGGCGUAUGAAGACAAUCCUGUUCGAUGGGAAAGUCAGCGGUAUCCUGCGGGCAAAAGGCCGUUUUUGGAAAUGGAUGAUAACACUGAUUUAACACCUCAAAGAGGCGCGGUGUUCAAUGCCAUGACUUUGGCGACCGGUUCUGUUAAUGUAGCCCCCAUGGGAUCUGGGCUCGCGGGUGCUCAAGCUCUUGGUACGUCUCUUUUUUCUUGGUACGUCUCUUCCAAACUAACAAAUCUAGGCCGUACACUCGGUUCUCGGUACAUGGCGUCUCAAUAUCAACCAUUUCCCGAUCUCCCAAACUACAAUCCGGAUGUCUAUGAUUAUGAUAGUGAGAGGAUAUUGCAGGGGACGAGGUUUCAGCCGGUGGUUGAGGCGGCCGUGAUGAGGAAGAGGAGGAGGACGAGGGAUACUGCUUUUAGGGCUGCGGCGAAGGCACAGGGGAACACUAUUUAGUGAGGAUGAGGAGCUUAGAGGGGAGAAGGGUAGAGGAUUUGGUUUUGCGUUUAUAGUAGUUAAAGUCCAUGACUUAAAGUGGAAGCCGGAGGAAAUGCAUACAGUAUUCCCCCAGAAAGUUUCCGGGAUACUUUAUACCCUUUAUUUACUUACCAGUUUUAAUCGUGUUCUCUGAAAGU